UUAAGGGACCCAGAUCGGCCAUUAGCCUGACGCGGCGAUGGACUAGCUUAACGGUGCCAUACAUCAUAGAUGCGAGUGUUGCUACUGAGGGAACAAACAGAAUAAAUGAAGCCAUACAAGAUUAUAAUACAAAGACUUGUAUAAGAUGGAUACCUAGAACAACGGAGACAGAUUAUGUAAAAUUUUCAGCCGCGCAACCACCAAUGACGACGGGCACUGUUUGCCGAAGCUUCAUUGGCAGAAUUGGUGGUGAGCAAGAGGUGACAUUGACCCCAAGAUGCACCAUGUUUGACGCCUCUGUGACCAUACACGAAAUGAUGCAUGCCCUUGGUUUCUUCCACGAGCAAUCAAGACCAGACAGGGAUAAUUACGUGAACAUUCUCACUGGGAACAUCAUUGCGGGAUUUGAGCGUAACUUCGAUAUAGAAACAAACAGCUUCACUUUGGAUACACCUUACGAUUAUACCAGCAUUAUGCACUACCAACGCAACUUAUUCAGCACAGAUCCAGCCACCCUUGACACCAUAACGACGAAAACGACACAAGCAAUAAAUCCAGCAAACGUGCUUACGGACCUAGAUGCCUUGGACAUUUGCCUUUACUAUGAGUGCACCUGUCCCGAUCAACCGUUGCGAUCAAUCGUCUGCCAAGAUAACAUGAUGACCAUUAGUUGCCCAGCUGGACAAGUGCUUAGUGUGGUAGGGGCUGUAUUUGGAAGGAUAGAAGACACGGGGUCGACCUGCCCGUCUCCAAACGCUUUACUGACCAACGUGAAAAACUGCGCCCAAGAAAACACCAUCGACAGCGUGAAAGCGAGCUGCGAUGGAGCCUCACAGUGCACGCUGAUGGCUACCACUGCCGUAUUUGGAGAUCCGUGCCCCACAAUAUACAAAUAUCUCUCCGUCGUUUAUAGGUGUAAUGCCGCAAACUGUGCUGCCACGGCAUGCAUGAACGGCGGUGUUGCUGCAGCCGCUCCCUUGUGUUGCACAUGCCCCGCCGGCUUUACAGGAACUUUCUGUGAAAUAGCUACAGCUGUGAACGAGUGUGCUACAAGCAAUGGCGGUUGCGCCCAGGUUUGCACUGAUACAGCGGCCUCCUUUACGUGUUCCUGUAACCCCGGGUUUAUGCUGGCUGCCAAUGCGAUGGAUUGUACUGAUAUUGACGAAUGUGCCACAAGCAAAGGUGGUUGCGCUCAGGUCUGUACCAACACGGCGGGAUCCUUUACGUGUUCCUGUAACACCGGAUUUACACUUGCUGCGGAUAUGAUGGCAUGUGAUGAUAAUAACGAAUGCGCCACAAGCAGUGGUGGUUGCGCUCAGGUCUGUACCAACACGGUGGGAUCAUUUACGUGUUCUUGUAACACCGGGUUUACACUGGCGGCGGAUAUGUUGGCCUGUGAUGAUAUUGACGAAUGCGCCACAAGCAGUGGUGGUUGCGCUCAGGUCUGUACCAACACGGUGGGAUCAUUUACGUGUUCUUGUAAUACCGGGUUUAUACUGGCGGCGGAUAUGUUGGCAUGUGAUGAUAUAGACGAAUGCGCCACAAGCAGUGGUGGUUGCGCUCAGGUUUGUACCAACACGGCGGGAUCAUUUACGUGUUCUUGUAAUACCGGGUUUAUACUGGCGGCGGAUAUGAUGGGAUGUAAUGAUAUUGAUGAAUGCGCCACAAGCAGUGGUGGUUGCGCUCAGGUCUGUACCAACACGGCGGGAUCCUUUAUGUGUUCCUGUAACGUCGGGUUUGUACUGGCGGCGGAUAUGAUGACAUGUGAUGUUUCUGCCGUGAACGAGUGUGCUACAAGCAAUGGUGGUUGCGCCCAGGUUUGCACUGAUACAGCGGCCUCCUUUACGUGUUCCUGUAACCCUGGGUUUAUGCUGGCUGCCAAUGCGAUGGAUUGUAAUGAUAAAAACGAAUGUGCCAUAAGCAAUGGUGGUUGCGCUCAGGUUUGUACCAACACGGCGGGAUCAUUUACGUGUUCUUGUAAUACCGGGUUCACACUGGCGGCGGAUAUGAUGGGAUGUAAUGAUAAUAACGAAUGCGCCAUAAGCAAUGGUGGUUGCGCUCAGGUCUGUACAAACACGACAGGAUCAUUUACGUGUUCUUGUAAUACCGGGUUUAAACUGGCUGCGGAUAUGUUGGCAUGUGAUGAUGUGAAUGAAUGUACUACAGCUAACGGCGGGUGCGCUCAGAUUUGCACGAAUACUGUUGGUACUUUCGUGUGUUCUUGUAAUACUGGGUUUGCCCUUGCAGCAGACUUGAGGUCUUGUGUUGGUAUGCCCAUUGCUCACAUUGUUCGAGCACAGACUAGCUGUUUUAAUGUCAAGAUUAUUAGUCAUUGA